GCGCAAACCCUUCGUCUCCGUAGCACCGCCAUUAGCGAGGAGGCGGGCGAUCGCCAUGGUUUCUCUCAAGCUCCAGAAGCGGCUCGCCGCGAGCGUGCUCAGCUGCGGGAAGGGGAAGGUGUGGCUCGAUCCCAAUGAGGUCAACGAGAUCUCCAUGGCCAAUUCCAGGCAGAACAUAAGAAAGUUGGUGAAGGAUGGCUUCAUUAUCAAGAAGCCCAUGAAGAUCCAUUCACGAUCUCGUGCGCGCAGAGAACAUGAAGCCAAGAAGAAGGGGCGGCAUUCUGGAUAUGGUAAAAGAAGGGGUACGAGGGAAGCUAGGCUCCCUACUAAAAUCCUUUGGAUGCGGAGAAUGAGAGUUCUCAGACGCUUGUUGCGCAAGUACCGAGAAUCAAAGAAGAUAGACAAGCACAUGUACCACGACACCUAUAUGAAGGUGAAGGGUAAUGUGUUCAAGAAUAAGCGGGUGCUUAUGGAGCACAUCCACAAGUCCAAGGCCGAGAAGAUGAGAGAGAAGACACUAUCCGACCAGUUUGAAGCCAAGCGAGCCAAGAGCAAGGCCAGCAGAGAGAGAAAGAUCGCUCGCAGGGAGGAACGGUUAGCUCAGGGUCCAGGAGAACGAGCAGCGGCCCCUACUCAAGCAACAGAGGCUUCUAAGAAGGGGAAGAAGUGAACCUAGAAGAAUGCAGUAAAGACGCACAGAUGAGGUGCAAGGUAGCUUGGCGAAUGCUUUUUGGGUUCUAAAGUCAGAGGAGCUGAGUGUCUUUUUCUUUUUGUGAUAUUUUUGUUUAAUCUUUAUUGCUGAGGUGGUGCCUUUGAGAUAUAAUGACCUCUUAAGUAAGACUUAUCAUCGCAAUAUCUUUCGGGAGUUUUUCCUUGUGUCGGCAGUCGACAUCAUACAUUUGCUGUUAGUGUGUAAUGGUCUCAUAGUUAUUUAAGUGUCAACCACUGUAAAUGCGCUAUGGUUUCCUCGCCUCAUGUACACACUAUUAGAAAAAUCUGUUCUCCUUCAACAUGUUUAAUUCUGUUGAUGCUGCUUCA